CUCUUUUCAAAGCCUCCAACCGAACUUACCUUUCUCUCUCUAUCUUCUCUGUCCCUUUCUCUCUUUUUCUCUCAGAGGAGCGAGCGACACCCCAGCGGCAUCUCGCUCCUCCGUCACAUGCCAUGAUCGCCGGCCGGGAGAGCCACCCACUUCCGACACGACCACCACCAGCACCUAUCGCUCUUUGUCUUUUUCUCUUUUGAUAAAUAAAAAAAAAAAGCUAACAAAAGGAAAAUAUUCUCUCUCUCUCUCCAUUUCUGAAAGUUUCAUAGCUUGCAAUGCAGGGAAAAGGGGAGAGAGGGUAUCGAAGCUUGGUAGGCAGCUGGCUACAAGGCACAUAUUCUGAGAUCCCUUUCUCUUCCCCCAUGCCUUCUCUCCUAAUUCAUUCCCUUUUCUCUUCUUCUUAAAUGCCUCCUCCUCCAUCUCCUUAUCCUCCCCAAUCAUUGUAAAAUUGCCCAGCUUUUGGAAUGAGCGAGGUUCGCUGUAGGUUUAUGAUCCUUCAAAAGGUGUGAUUUUAGCUCUUGACGGUGUUUCGUUCAAUUUUGUGGCGUUGGAGAAGAUCGGAUUGUUGAAUUGUGCCUUUUUUUUUGUGCUUCUGUUUCGCGCCGAUCUUUGUCGGUUUUUCGAUUUAGAUGUUUGUACUUGUUCUCUCUGUUGAUCCUCUUCAAUCGAUCUGGAAUAAGCCUUCUGGAGCUUUCCAGUUCCGAAUUGAGUUCCAGGAAUGCGUUUUUUUUUUUCCUUUUUGAUCCGGUUUCAGUCCAUUCUUUGGUUUUCUUAGCGUCUUUAUCUGUUUGGUUGCCGAUUAAAACUGAAACAGUGAGAAGCUUGCUCCAGCCGGGCUAAAUUGUUGUGUUUGGCUGAGUUAGGUGGUGCUCUUUGUUUUCUCAGGUUGUGUGUAAUGUAAAACACAAUUAUUCAAAAAUCAUUUUGUUUACUCAUCUGCCAAACGGCACCUUGAUUGUUUGGUCGUUGGUAGAAGGUUUGUCAUCUAUGAAGCUUAGACGGAUCCAACAGUGAAAAACUCUCGAGUGUUUUUUUUUUCUUUCUUUCUAGCGGUUUAGACAUUUGGGUUUUCCAGUUGCACAAUGCCAUUUGAAGUCAUGGACCCGAGGGGUGUAUCUGCAUCGUCCCCCUUGUUUGAUGACAUCUGUUUUCCUGCUGAGAGACAAGUUGGAUUUUGGAAGCCCAAAAUCAUGUCUGAUCACCAUGCAGAAGGAGAUGGAGUAGCACGAAUACCUGGCAGCAAGUCGGUUACUUCAUCGCCCUUGGAAAAACUUUUACCAGUUGGAUCAAAGUCAGUGGAUUACUCGGAAGGACCAGAGUCCUAUCUGGCUAGAGACCAGAAAGAAAAACUGCAGGUAAACAGAGAAGAGGGAACUGCUAAUUUGUCUAGGACUCCAUGGAGAACUGUGGAUCACAAUUCAAAAACAUGGUCAAAUUUGUACGUGCAGCCUGCUUCCUCUUACGUGGAAGUAAAAAAGACUAGUAUCAAUGGAGCCCUAUAUGAGAGCAGUCUCUUUUCAAGCUCAUUGUCUGAAAUAUUUAAUAGGAAGUUGAGAGUAUCGACCAGUGAUGUUCUAUCUCAUCAGUCUGCUGGCACUGUUGCUCCUCACUCUGAGGAAGAGAAGCUCUUUAAAUCCCUUGAAGAAAUUGAGGUUCAAACCCUCGGAAAUCUCCUUCCUGAUGAAGAUGAGCUAUUUUCGGGAGUGGUUGAUGACAUGGGGUAUAAUGCUCAUGCAAAUAAUGGUGAUGAUUUUGAAGAUUUUGAUCUGUUUAGCAGUGGUGGAGGCAUGGAACUAGAAGGGGAUGAUCAUUUGUGUAUCAGCCAAAGACAUUCUGAUUUUAAUGGGGGAAUUCCCAACAGUCAAGGAGGUUCUAAUGGCUCACUUGCAAGUGAACACCCUUAUGGUGAACACCCUUCCAGAACACUUUUUGUGCGAAAUAUCAACAGCAAUGUUGAAGAUUCAGAAUUAAGGGAUCUUUUUGAGCAAUAUGGAGACAUCCGAACACUUUACACAGCUUGCAAGCAUCGCGGGUUUGUUAUGAUUUCUUAUUAUGAUAUAAGGGCAGCCAGAAAUGCAAUGAGAGCCCUUCAGAAUAAGCCACUGAGACGGAGGAAACUUGAUAUUCAUUAUUCAAUUCCAAAGGACAAUCCUUCGGAGAAAGAUAUCAACCAGGGUACCCUUGUGGUAUUUAACCUUGAUUCAUCUGUUUCCAAUGAUGAUCUUCGUCAAAUUUUUGGCAUUUAUGGAGAAAUUAAGGAAAUCCGGGAAACUCCACACAAGCGGCAUCACAAAUUCAUUGAAUUUUUUGAUGUUAGAGCUGCAGAAGCUGCUCUUCGUGCAUUGAACAGGAGUGAUAUUGCUGGGAAACGGAUCAAGCUUGAACCAAGCCGUCCAGGGGGUUCAAGACGGUGUUUGAUGCAACUGUGCUCUUCUGAACUGGAGCAAGAUGAAUCCAUUUUGUGUCAAAGCCCUGAUGACAACUUAUCAUCUGGUUGCAUGGCAGCGGUUUCUCCUGGAAUAAAGACAUCUAGCUGCAUGGAUAAUGUAUCUAUCCAGGACUUGCAUUCUGCAGUUCGAAUGCCUAUUGGUUCAUUUGUUGAAAAUGCCACUUCCCAUGGGAGUUCUAGUGUUCCAAACACCUUGCCCUCACCGAUGAGAGUGGUAUCCAUCAUCAAUGAAUUUGGUCUUGGUGAAACCAGCAACACAUUGGAUCAGAUGAAGUUUGGCAACCAAAGUUUUCCUAAUUACCAUCCUCAUUCCCUCCCUGAGUAUCAUGAUAAUUUAGCCAAUGCUAUUAGAUACAACUCUUCUAGCACAAUUGGGGACAUGACUGGUCAUGUUGGUCCGAGAAUAACAGAGGGAAUUGACAACAGGCACAUCCACAGAGUGGGUUCAAAUGGGCACCCGAUUGAACUUAAUGGAGGGGCUUUUGGCUCAUCUGGAAAUGGGAGUUGCCCUGUUCAUGGACUUCAUCGUGCAUGGGGAAACUCCAGCUCGUAUCAGCAUCAUUCUUCAAGUCCCAUGAUCUGGCCAAAUUCUCCAUCAUUUAGUAAUGGUGUUCAUGCUCAACGGCCCACACAAGUACCCGGAUUUCCUAGACCUCCACCUCAUAUGCUGAACAUUGUUUCACCUGUGCACCACCAUCAUGUUGGAUCAGCACCAGCUGUUAAUCCCUCCCUUUGGGAUAGACGGCAUGCCUACAGUGGAGAAUCUCCUGAAACUUCUGGUUUUCACUUGGGUUCUCUUGGGAGUGUGGGUUUUCCAGGAAGUUCUCCAUUGCAUCCCUUGGAAAUGGCUUCUCACAUCUUUCCCCAUGUUGGUGGAAAUUGCAUGGACAUAUCUGCAAAUGUCGGGCUGCGCUCUCCUCAGCAGAUUUGCCAUGUAUUCCCUGGAAGGAAUUCAAUGCUUUCAAUUCCCUCUUCUUUUGAUUUGCCUAUGGAGCGUGUGAGAAACCUCUCACACCGUAGAACUGAAGCCAAUUCCAACCAUACUGAUAAGAAACAGUAUGAACUUGACAUUGAUCGUAUAUUACGUGGGGAAGACUGCCGAACGACACUGAUGAUAAAGAACAUUCCCAACAAGUAUACUUCAAAAAUGCUUCUUGCUGCAAUUGAUGAACAUCAUCGAGGAACUUAUGAUUUUAUUUAUUUGCCAAUUGACUUCAAAAACAAAUGCAAUGUGGGCUAUGCUUUUGUCAACAUGAUUGAUCCUCUUCAUAUUGUUCCAUUCCAUCAGGCAUUCAAUGGUAAAAAGUGGGAGAAGUUCAACAGUGAGAAGGUGGCAUCUCUUGCAUAUGCUCGAAUUCAAGGAAAAACUGCUCUUAUUGCUCAUUUCCAAAACUCGAGCUUGAUGAAUGAGGAUAAACGUUGCCGCCCUAUUCUAUUUCAUACUGAUGGUCCAAAUGCAGGUGAUCAGGAGCCAUUCCCCAUGGGUAGCAAUAUACGAUCAAGACCAGGCAAAGCUCGAACUAGUGGGGGUGAGGAGAGUCAGCAUCAAGGGAGCCCAACAACUUCUGCAAAUGGAGAGGAAUCUUCCAAUGGAGCAGUCACUUUGUUGGGUUCUGCCAAGGACUCAGAUUAAGCAAACUGCUUUCCAGAGCACUAACUGUAAGACCCUAUAUCAACUACAAAAAUCAUAUCAUAUCCAUCCCAGUUCUGUAUUUCUGGGGUGGCCUGACGGAAUAGUUUUCACUAUAGAGAUGCCCCAUUAAAAAUUUUGGUGACCAGAAUGCAUCACCAAAAUCGAAGGGAGUUUACCUCACAGUUUUCUUCGGUUAUGUAAAAAUUUGUAUUGGGUUUGAUCACGAGUACAGUGACUGGCUUAACAGAGGCUCAGGAUUUUGGGUUGUGAGUAAUAUACAAUGUACAGGAGUUUCUGAGGGAGGUAAGAUUCAGGGGGUCUUCUCGGCCUUAAAUAUUUUUUUUUUUUUCCCAAUCACAACAAUUCUCUGUAAUUCCUUCUUUUCUGGGAAAGUUUUCGAGUCCUUGGUGGGGUUUCUGUUUUUGGCCUGGACAAGGGGGUGUGAUUACUUGAAAGAGGGGAGAGGGAGACAUUACACAGCAGACAAAUGUUCUGGUCGUGGAAAUUUUGGAAGUGCUCUUGCUUACUGUUAAAUGAAUACCCUUUUUUGUUGGUAUUA